GACUUGGACUAAAAAAACACCCAAAUACACUUCAAAUAAAGCAAUCCUCCUUCUUGCCUGCAAACUCGUUCUUGUUCUCCUGCGAAAUUAACGCACUUCUCUUUCUCUCCACCCCCCCCCCCCCCAACCCAACACACACACACAGAAAAAAUCAUCACGAUAAAGUGACCUAGUACCAUGGAAGCACCUAAUCACUCUGAUGUUAGUAUUGAUAGUUCUCAAAAAAGCCCUGACGUUAUUAUUGAUGGUUCUCAAAAAAGCUCUGACGUUAGUAUUGAUAGUUCUCAAAAAAGCUCUGACGAUAGUAUUGAUCCAAAACCUCAAGUUAUAUACCGAUGCAAAAAAUGUCGAAGGAUUGUUGCAUCAGAAGAGCAAGUUGUUCCACAUGAACCUGGCGAAGGCCAAAUAUGUUUCAAGUGGAAAAAGAGAAGCGACAACCCGUAUAAGGAGUCACCUCAAUGUUCCUCUAUUUUUGUUGAGCCCAUGAAGUGGAUGCAAGUUGUGGAAGAAGGUUGUGUCCAAGACAAGCUUCAGUGCCUGGGUUGCAAAGCUCGGCUCGGUUACUUCAAUUGGGCAGGCAUGCAGUGCAACUGUGGAGCAUGGAUUAACCCUGCAUUUCAGCUGCACAAGAGUCGACUAGAUGAGUGUCAGCUUUAAAUAAUUGCCUGAGUUUUCUGUUGAGGCGUGGUUAGUAGUUAUGUAAAUCAGUUAAGAACUUCUAGUCUUCCUAUGUAUUAUUAGGGGUAUAGAGCGCUACAUGAUAGUUGGAAGCAAGCAGGCGUUUUUUUAACUGAUGGAGUAUUUGAUGUAAAGUCAAUAACAAGCAAUUAUAGCUUUAAUGAAGCUGCUAACAGUAUCGUUCUCUCUUUAA